CGCUCACCCUCUUUUCUUCCAGACUUUAAAAAUGAAAAUGAAAAUGAAAAGUAGAAAAGAGAAAAGGGAACCGACGAUACGAUUAACGUGUGAAAAGGGAAAGAUCUGAGAAAACAACGCAACAAAUCAAAAUGCCGGCAAUAAAGUUUAGAGAAUUGAAUUCAAUUCAUUUACGACGCGGCAGGCAGAACCACAUCCGACAAUACUGCCUGCCAACAAUUGAAGGCGAAAUCGUGGCACGUGAAUGGGUCGAAGACCGCCACUCCUGGCGCCCUGCAACAGAUUAUUUAAAAAGUUAUCGCCGCAUUAAGCGUCGUGAUGCUAAUAACAGUAAAGCUUUAUGUUUGCUGACACUGACUUUGAUUUUAUUGGAUGACCGCUUGGGGAUGGGAGCACCAACUGGAACGCCGAGCCCAGCAGCUGGCGGCGGAUCGAAUGGAGGCUUGCCGGAGCUACAAAUCGGAACCUGCAAAGAGGCAUUGGGGAUGGAGUCCGGCGCCAUUGCUGAUUUUCAAAUAACCGUUAGUUCGGCCCAUGACAUGGGAAAUGUUGGUCCUCAGCAUGCCAGACUUAAAAUAGAUAACAACGGAGGGGCAUGGUGUCCGAAGCAUAUGGUGUCACGGGGUCUAAAGGAAUUUCUUCAGAUCGACCUAUUAAAUGUCCAUCGUCUCAGCGCCAUUCGGACUCAAGGUCGCUUUGGCAAAGGUCAGGGCCAGGAAUACACUGAAGCCUAUGUUCUUGAAUACUGGAGACCAGGAUUAAAGUCUUGGAUUCGCUGGAGGAGCUCCCAAGGAAAAGAGAUACUGCCCGGCAAUAUAAACACCUACAGCGAGGUAGAGAACGUGCUGCAGCCCAGCUUCAUCGCAUCGAAGGUGCGACUAUAUCCCUACAGCCAGUACGAUCGGACCAUUUGCCUGCGCGCUGAGAUAGUUGGCUGCGCAUGGGAAGAAGGAAUUGUGUCCUACAGCAUUCCCAAAGGUGUACCGAGAGGCAUGGAAAUCGAUCUAUCGGAUAAAACUUACGAUGGUUACGAAGAGGGCGAUCAUUAUGUAAACGGCUUGGGUCAACUUGUUGAUGGCCAGCGGGGCAAGGAUAACUUUCGAACUGAUAUUAAUGGCUUCGGCAGAGGGUACGAAUGGAUUGGUUGGCGGAAUGACACAUUGCAUGGUCGUCCUGUUGAUAUCAUAUUCGAGUUUGAGACUGUUCGGAAUUUCAGUGCUGUAGUAAUUCAUACAAACAACAUGUUCUCCAAAGAUGUCCAAGUGUUUGUCCAUGCCAAAGUAUUUUUUAGCUUUGGCGGGCGCGAGUUCUCUGGAGAGCCGGUGCAGUUUUCGUACAUGCCUGACCAGGUGCUGGAUCAUGCACGCGACGUGACAAUAAAACUACACCAUCGCCUGGGGCGCUACCUACAGAUGCAUUUAUACUUCGCCGCCCGCUGGAUGAUGCUCAGCGAGAUAUCAUUUAUAUCAGUUCCCGCGGCCGUCAAUUUCACAACCGAGAAGCCAAGUGACACCAAAGAGCUGGUCACUUCCGAAGAUCCGCUGCAACGCGAUCAAGUUGCAGUUAGUAGUGGAAGGGAGCGAAGCCAGCACACCACUCAGAUUAUUUUUCCGAGACCCAUGGACAAGCAGCAACCAGAGAUGAGUUUCGUCGGGGCAAUAAUCACAGUACUGACCACAGUAAUAUUGCUGCUUGUCACAUUUAUAUUGCUUAUAGUGGCUCGCAACAAGCACGCCCAAGGCAGGCACAAUGGUCUGGAAGUGUUUCAGCGUAAUUUUCACCCGGACACAAUCAAAAGCAGCGGUACCCUCAAGGUUGUCACUACAACAGAUGACAAUGAGUCCUCCAUUGACAAGAACAGUCUGUACCAUGAGCCCUACAACACGAACAUGUACACCAGUGCGGCAAGUGCUUGCCCCAUGAAUGACCUGCAGCGUCAGCAUGUGGCACCGGACUAUACAGAUGUCCCGGAAAUUGUGUGCCAGGAAUAUGCGGUCCCUCAAAUGCAGCGGAUGCUGCCCAAUCCAGGAUCGGCUAAUCAAAAUGGGAGGAGUCCUGAAGCCGCGGCCACAUUUCCUCUUUCUCCCCCUCCAGUGCCGCCGCCACCGGAAAAAUUUUAUGCAUCAACGCCAAUCUGCACUAAACCCAUGACUGUACCGCCACCAGGGUCCCAGAGCAGCGGAUCCCUGAGCUCCUCAAAUACGACAACGGGAACACCUAGGGUUGUAGGUGUAGACCAUCCGGUACAUAACAAUUUGAAUCUGAUCGAAAAUAUCGACGACAUUAACGAAGAGUGGGCCAAUUGCCAAGUUCAAGAGUUUCCACGUAAAUCGCUGGUUAUCGUCGAGAAACUGGGCUCUGGCGUAUUUGGUGAACUUCAUUUGUGCGAAACAAAUGUUCUGAACGCUACCCUUGUGGCUGUGGCUACAUUGCGCCCAGGGGCUAAUGAUGACCUGCGAAGUGAGUUUUGUCGCAAAGCUAAACACCUAGCGCAGCUAAGCGACCCAAACGUGGCUCGUUUGGUGGGGGCCUGCCUUUUGGACGAGCCCGUAUGUAUUGUGCAGGACUACUCAAAUUGUCUCGGCGACUUGAACCAGUUCCUGCAGGAGCACGUUGCAGAGACCAGCGGCCUGGUGGCCAAGAAGAGUCUUAGCUUCGGAUGCUUAGUCUACAUUGCCACCCAAAUUGCAUCGGGCAUGAGGCAUUUGGAGCAAAUGAAUUUCGUUCAUCGGGAUCUGGCAACAAGAAGCUGUAUUAUUGGCCCAGAGCUGUGCGUUAAAGUGUGCUCCAUUGGAACUGUGAUAAAUAGGUCGGCCUAUGCUUCAGACUAUUGCCAACUGGAUGGAAUCGUCGGCAGGCAGAAUAUUCCGAUUCGAUGGAUGGCGUGGGAGAGUGUGUUGCUGGGGAAGUUCACGACGAAAUCUGACGUAUGGUCCUUUGCAGUGGCUUUUUGGGAAAUAUUAACUUUCGCCAGGGAACAGCCAUAUAAACAUUUGAAUAAUCAAAGCGUUUUUGAAAACUUUGGGAACAUAUACCGGGACUUAAAAAAGCAAGAACUUUUGCCUAUGCCUCUUAUAUGCCCGAGGGAAAUCUACGAUCUUAUGUGCGAGUGUUGGCACCGCGAUGAGUCGAGUCGUCCUAGCUUUCGAGAGAUACAUUUGUAUUUGCAGCGCAAAAACUUACAUUUUAAGGCAAACACUUAUACACUCAUGUAUUAAAAGACUCAAAUGAAAUUAAGUUUGAUCACAUAUCAAUUAAAAAACGAAUUAAAGUGAAUCAAUUCGAGUAAUUCCCACAGGCGAAAAUCACGUUUUUUGGUAGUUUAUUUAAAAGUCUUUAAAUGACCUUGAUGUAAAAUAUGUUAUUGAGUUCCUAAAAAGGUACGCAAUAAGGAUUCCGAAAGGAUUUUAUUUUAUAUAACUUAAAACUAAAAACCUUGCACCACGUCAGAUUUUUAGAUAUAUUUUUAAGGAUAAUUUCAGAAAAACUCUUGUGGUGGUUGUACUUUAAUUUAAACUGGUUUUAAUUUUUAUUUUUAACCGCAAUAAAAACUCCAUUAUUAUUAAUAUAAUUGAAUUCGAGUUUUCCUUUUAGUUGUUACUAAACAGAUAGAUUCUCCAAACUAAAGCUAUCUGCACGAAACAUUCACAGCAGUCUUCCUUCUAUUUCGGAUGGAUAGGCUUUCGAUGUUUUUUCUCAAAUAGUCUUAACAUACUGAUUAGUGCUUGCUACAGCAUUCCUCGGCAUAAUUCCCGUUUUGAGUGUUUGCAACAUUUAUUACUUAAGAAAAAAUAAAUAAAAUUGCUGAAUUCAAAAAGUAUGUACGGCACCUUCUCGGGGUCAGAAUCUCCCGUCUUCUUCUUGAUCUGAUACCGCUGCUUCAACUCUCUGGGUUGAGUAGAAAAGGCGAAAUUCGCUGACAAGAGUGAUCAACUUUGUUGGUCGGAACUCUGUUCUUUGCCUUGCCAAACUGGUCCCUUAAGAUAACCACUCAGUUCCCUCAGUUCCUCAGUUAUUGCGUUCAAUAAUUUGUUUUUUUUUUCGAAUACUUCUUUUAUUUUAUGAAAUACGAAGUUGAAUUAAGUGCAAGGGUUUAACAUUCUGCUUUAACUCUGUAGAUAUUAUUCGGAUAGCACCUAACUAAAUGAAAUGAAUGUUGAAGUUGAAAGUUAAAAGAACCAUUUAGGACGUAGUUUUAGUUUUACUGCUAUCUUUAAAAACCAAAAAUAGACACUAUUUUCAAGUUUUAAUGUAAAGUAACCGAACAAUUUUCCACUUUAAACAACGCAAUCAAUCCAACAGGUUAUAAGAUAAACACACUUACAUGUGUUGUACAUUUUAUAUAGUAAAUAUUGUACGUUUUCUCGACCUAUAAAUUCAAUGGAGUCUAAAAACUUAGAUAGCAUUGGAAUAUGUCUGUACCUAUGUAUUGCAACUCAACCUGAACGCUGUUAACCAAAUCGUGUAUGUUUUAUAUUUAUAGUAGUAUAUAUACACAUAUUUAUAAAGGUAUAUAUAUUUUUUAUAAACACGAAAUCAUGUCCAACUGCCAAUUCUGUCCCUGUUCCUAAAUACACUAUCUCAUUAUAAUUAAAGUUAAUGAUAUAUCUCUAUAGAAACUGGCACAAACAAACAAAAUUGUUUAAAACCUGCAUAUAAUUUUGACAAUAACUAUUCUAACACAGACAUUGAAAACAAUUAAGCAAAACGCUUUGUACUUCUGCUUGUCCUAAGUCUGUGGAUUUCAAGUCUUAUAUUAAUCACAGACAUUAAAUUCCAAUGUAGGCACUGUAGUCAAUUAGACGCAUACCAAAAUUAUACAUAAUCGUACAUUUCAUAAAAAUUUUACUGUGCCUUCUGCAGUUGCUUUUUUGUGAUGUAUGUAUAAAAAAAGAAUGACUACAUUUUGACUCUUAUUUAUAUUACCAAAUGCUUCAAACUGAUUUCGCUGUAAUAUAGAGUAAAUGUUAAUUAAUUAUACCGGGUACCGGCUACCCACUAUAUUAAUUCAAAUUAAUAAUAAAAAAAAAAUAAUAAAACAUAGCCUUAAGAUAGAUAUAUUGAGAGAAGCUAAAUUUAAAAAUGGAAUAUAUUUUGCAUUUAACUAUUUCGAUUAUUAUUCAAAUUUUAUUAUC